AUGACCGACUUGGUGCCGGUCUACUACGCAUUUGCAGGAGUUGUAGCCGCCCUGCUAUUCUAUAAGUGGCAGUCCGACCCAUUGCGCGCAAUACCGACAAUUGGACCCUCUGCGCCUCUGUUGUCAUAUCUGGGCGCAAUUAGGUUUUUCAAAGAUGCAUCAGGCGUGCUUCAAGAGGGCUAUGACAAGUACAAUGUCUUCAAGGUUGCGAUGAUAGAUAGGUGGGCGGUCGUCGUGAGCGGGGCCAAAAUGAAUGAAGAGCUCCGAAGCAUUCCGGAUGAUCAAAUGUCAUUUAUGGAUGCUGCCGACGAGCUCGUUCAAACGAAGUACACCAUCGCGCCUGACGUGCUAAUACAUCCGAUACACAUCACUGUCAUAAAAGAACAACUCACCCGAAACCUGGCACCUCUCUUCCAUGAGGUUGUGAAGGAGGUGGAGGCUGCCAUGCAAGAAUUGAUACCAGCAAAGGGGGAUGACUGGAUCGAAGUCGACGGAUACUCGACUGUGACCCAGAUAAUAACACGAGCAAGCAGUCGUGUGUUUGUCGGCUUUCCCCUCUGUCAGAAUGCAGAGUAUCUGAGGAUCGCCACAACAUACUCCGCGGAGGUCAUGAAAGGAGCCAUGAUCAUGAGCGUCCUGCCAGAUUUCCUCAAACACAUCGUAGGUCCUUUACUGCCUUGGUCUCGAAGAGCUCUACGUCGUGCGGCUCCAUUCUUACUUCCUAUAAUCACGGAACGGCGGCGAUUGCUCAAGGAGUACGGCAGAGAUUGGGAGGAUAAACCUAACGAUUUAUUGAUGUGGAUUAUAGAGGAAGCUCGGCGUGUCGGAAGAGAGGACUCCACAGAUCUCAUGGUACAGGGCAUCAUGGCUUCUAAUUUCACCGCCAUACACACAUCCUCUCUGACCUUCACGCACGCCUUGUAUCAUCUUGCUGCGAAUCCGGAGUAUAUCCAAUCUCUCCGUGAGGAAAUCGAGGAAGUAAUUCGGACAGAUGGCUGGACAAAGGUAUCAAUGGGGAGUAUGUGGAAGUUGGACAGCUUCCUGAAGGAAUCGCACAGGGUGAACGGGAUUAGCGGAAUCUCCGUUAUGCGUUUAGCAUUGAAGGACGUCACUUUCUCGGAUGGAACAUUCAUUCCAGCAGGCACCUUUGUCGCGGCCGCAGCCACAUCCACGCACCAUGAUGAAGAGAACUACAGCGACGCGACCGUAUUCAAGCCAUUCCGCUUUUCGGACAUGCGCGCGUCAGAGUCCGAAAAAAAUAAACACCACUAUGUCAGCACCUCGGCGGAAUACAUUGGCUUUGGCCACGGCAAGCACGCUUGUCCUGGACGUUUCUUCGCCGCGAACGAGCUCAAGAUCAUGCUGGCAUCCAUUGUUCUCAACUAUGACGUAAAGUUUGAAGACGAAGGCAAGCGUCCUGCGAACGUGUGGUUCGCGACGACAGUUCUUCCCGCUCCAGGAGCGAAGGUUAUGUUCAGAAAACGUCAGACUUAG